AUGAACCCUUCAUCAACUCUCAAACCUUCUUCCCAUUCUUCUCUCAUUCCAUUACCCUUCUCACUCUCUUCAUCCUCCAAACGACGCCGUUUCAAAGUCUCAUUCCAUCGUUCUUCUUCUUCAUCUUCCGUUCCUUCGCCGGUCUCCAAAGACCUCACCGGAAUCGAAAACGUUGUAGACAAGCUAUCUCCGCCACUCCGCCUCGCUACAUCUGCUGUUGUUAUUGCUGGCGCUGUAGCCGCUGGGUUCAGUCUCGGUUCCAAGUUCGGUGGAAGUCGAAAUGCUGCCGUUGGAGGUGCCGUUGCUUUGGGCGUUGCUGGUGGUGCUGCUGCGUACGCGUUGAACGCGGUUGCUCCUCAAGUUGCUGCUGUGAAUUUGCAUAAUCAUGUUGUUGGACUUGAUCAUCCUUCCUUGUUGAAGAAUGAAGACAUUGUUGGAAUCGCCAAUAGGUAUGGCGUGAAAAAGCAGGAUGAAGUAUUUAAAGCAGAGAUUUGUGAUAUAUAUAGACAGUUUGUGUCGUCUGUGCUUCCUCCUGGUGGUGAGGAGCUUAAAGGUGAUGAGGCUGAUAGGAUUAUCAGCUUUAAGAAUUCCUUAGGAAUUGAUGAUCCUGAUGCAGCUGAUAUUCAUAUAGAGGUUGGUAGGAAAAUUUUCAGGCUAAGGCUUGAAGUUGGAGACCGUGAAGCGGAUAUUGAGCAACGCAGGGCAUUUCAGAAGUUGAUUUUUGUGUCAUAUCUUGUUUUUGGGGAAGCAUCAUCAUUCCUUCUACCUUGGAAGCGUAUUUUCCAGUUCACCGAAUCGCAGGUUGAAGUAGCUAUACGCGACAAUGCGCAGCGAUUGUAUGCAUCCAAGCUGAAAUCCGUUGGCAGAGAUAUUGAUGGAGAAAACCUUGUUACACUUAGAGAAGCUCAACGUUUGUAUCGGCUAUCCGAUCAGCUUGCUGAAAGCUUGUUCAAGGAGCAUACAAUGAAAUUGAUUGCUGAAAAUAUUUCAGUAGCACUUGGUAUACUUAAAUCCCGCACAAGAGUUGUUCCUGGAGUUACCCGAGUGGUAGAGGAGCUUGAUAAGAUAUUGGCAUUUAAUAAUUUACUCACCUCAUUAAAGAAUCAUGCGGAUGUGGAUCGCUUUGCCCGAGGUGUUGGUCCAGUUUCUUUGCAUGGUGGUCAAUACGAAGGUGAUAGAAGGAUAGGGGACUUGAAACUCCUUUACAGAGCAUAUGUGACAGAUGCUUUGGCUAGUGGUCGCAUAGAAGAUAAUAAGCUUUCUGCACUAACUCAGUUGAGGAAUAUAUUUGGAAUGAGUAAACGCGAAGCAGAAGAAAUUACAAUUGAUGUUACAUCCAAAGUAUAUCGCAAACACCUUGCAAAGGCUUUUUCAGGUGGUGAAUUAGAAAAGGCAGAUAGCAAAGCAGCAUUCCUUCAAAAUUUGUGUGAUGAAUUGCACUUUGAUCCACAAAAAGCCUGUAAAAUUCACGAAGAAAUUUACCGCCAAAAGCUUCAGCACUUGAUGGUUGAUGGGGAGCUCACUGAGGAGGAUGCUACUGCUUUGUUGAGAUUGCGUGUAAUGCUCUGUAUUCCUCAAGACACUGUUGAAGCUGCUCACUCAGAUAUCUGUGGUAGUUUGUUUGGAAAGGUUGUCAUGGAAGCAAUUGAAUCAGGGGUUGAUGGAUAUGAUGCUGAAAUUAAGAAAUCAGUAAGAAAAGCAGCACAUGGUUUGCAACUAACCAGGGAAAUUGCUAUGUCUAUUGCAAGCAAGGCCGUAAGGAAGAUGUUUAUUACUUACAUAAAACGUGCACGAACUGCUGAAGAUUCCAAGGAGUCUGCGAAAGAACUCAAGAAGCUGAUAGCUUUCAACACUUUGGUUGUGACAGAGUUGGUGAAGGACAUUAAAGGGGAGUCAGAUGAUGUAUCAACCGAAGAGCUUGAAAUAGAGGGUGUGACAAAAACUGAAGACGAAGAAUGGGAUUCUCUUCCGACACUCCGGAAAACAAACCCAGACAAAGAACUUUUAAAAAAGAUGGGGAAGCCUGGUCAGACGGAAAUUACUCUUAAAGAUGACCUUCCACUAAGAGAUAGGACUGAUCUUUACCAGACAUACUUGCUUUAUUGCCUAACUGGUGAUGUGACAAAGAUUCCAUUUGGUGCCCAGAUCACUAAAAAGAAGAAUGAUUCAGAAUAUAUUAUUCUAAACCAGCUUGGUGGGAUUCUCGGUUUGAGUGGUAAAGAUAUAGUGGAUGUACAUAGAAGUCUUGCAGAGAAAGCUUUUAAGCAACAAGCUGAGGUGAUUUUAGCUGAUGGACAGUUGACGAAGGCCAAGGUGGAGCAACUUAAUAAUCUGCAGAAGGAAGUAGGCUUACCCGAAGAAUAUGCGCAGAAGGUAAUCAAGAGUAUAACCACUACCAAAAUGGCAGCUGCCAUUGAAACUGCAGUGACACAAGGACGGCUGAAUAUCAAGCAGAUAAGAGAACUUAAGGAAGCUGGUGUUGAUUUAGACAACAUGGUAUCAAAGAACAUGAGAGAGUUGCUCUUCAAAAAAACUGUUGGUGAUAUUUUCUCAUCAGGCACUGGAGAAUUUGACGAGGAAGAAGUAUAUGAAAAUAUCCCAUCAGAUCUCAACAUUAGUAAAGAGAAAUCCAGAGUUGUUGUCCAGCAGCUCGCACAAACUAGGUUAUCAAAUUCACUCAUUCAGGCUGUGGCAUUAUUAAGACAGAAAAAUCGUAAAGGGGUGGUUUCUUCACUCAAUGAUAUGCUGGCUUGCGACAAAGCAAUACCCUCACCACCACUAUCAUGGGAAUUGCCAGAGGAGCUUGCUGAUCUUUACACCAUAUUCUUGAAAAGUAGUCCAUCUUCUGAAAAAUUGACACGUAUGCAAUUUCUUUUGGGCAUACAUGAUUCAACCGCAGAUGCUCUCCGGGAGAUGGGAGAUAGAUUAAUUAAUACUGCAGUGGAGGAAGAAGAGUUUGCAUUCUGA